UUUGGUGAGCAUUGAGCAAGCAAACGGGCUCGCGAUUUCCUGUGAGACUGGUCGUCGCUACAAAAUCGCAAUACCUAUACGAUUCGACGGCCACAAUUACAAGAUCCACAGGAGGAAGCCCAGCAUCAGCAUCGAUCUAAAAUUCGAUUUCACCGUCGUCGCCGGAGUCACCUCUGCAGGUGCGAAGAGUACACUUGGCAGCAAGAUAGGGUGUUCCGCGAGAGCAAGCGAGACGGAGCACAUCGAAAUUCGAAAGAUUCGCAUUUCAUCGCACGCCCGCACGCAACAAUAGGAAUAGGACAAUCGUACGGGCGCGAAAGAGACAGCAAGUGACGCCGCAAAACUUCACAGCAGCAACAGGCGAGCUCGCGCAACCGCCAUUUUGUUGGGAAGAAUUGGAUCGCCGUCGCCGAUCAAUACUGUAUAAAAAAUAUUACAAUACUGUGUAAAAGUGUUUAAUAUAACAGUGAAUCUUGUAAUACAUAGUUAAUAGUGUUCCUGUAAAGUUAUUAUUAAGUUAUUAACGUAAAGUACAGGUAAUAUUUGUUUUAAGAAUCGACAAGUUUAGCGAACAAUGGAAGACCUAAAGAAAAAAGUCGCCGCACGCGGUUAUGUGAAAGGUACUAUGACUAGAUUAUUUAAUUUCGUGAACAUUGCCAAUUUAGACGAUAUUUCCAUUAAUGACCUAUGCACAAAACGUGAUAGGCUCAAUGUGGCUUUUAAAGAAUACGAAGCCCUAUGUAAAGAUAUUCUCGGUCUUGACUCCGCCGACGAGGAGGAUGUGGAGUCGGUGGAGGACAAUUAUUUUAAAACUUUAUCAGCCUUUGACAAACGCAUCAAGCCUCUUGAUUCAAACCCUUCAGGCUCUUCCACUCAUGAAAAAACACAUAAAACUAAAUUACCACCUAUAUCCAUAAAACCCUUUGAGGGCACAUACACAGAAUAUGUUCCAUUUAUCAAUUUAUUUAAUUCAUUAAUUCAUAAUGACAAAAGCCUAGACAAUAUACAAAAAUUCUAUUAUUUAAGAACAUUGUUAAAGGGUGAGCCAUUCGAUUUAGUCAAAAACUUGCCGGUUGAAGCUCUCAGUUAUGAUGCAGCUUUAAAUUUACUAAAAAAUAGAUAUGAAAAUAAAUAUAGAAUAAUCUCUGAGCACAUUUGCAAGCUAUUAGACUUAAAACAAAUAGUAAAAUCAACAGCAGUCUCACUCAGAGAAUUUAUUUCAACAGUUAGGCAGCAAAUAGCUGCCAUCAAAUAUCAAGAACCUAAUGUUAUAUACUGGGAUGCUAUAUUGUUGUGUAUUCUCUCUCGCAAACUAGACAGUUACACUGCGAAGGCCUACCAACUUGACCGGGAUAUGAAUGCUAAGCCGCAAUUGGAGGAUUUUCUCAAUUACAUUGAGAACCGAGCCAACGCACUGGAGAAUGUCGAGCAGGGACAUCAACCCCAUCCUGGUAAUAGUAGCAGUAAGGUAGCAGCAGUCGCCACUACAGGAGCAACAUGCACUUACUGUCAGCAUGGUGGCAAAUGCAGGUUUCACUUCCGGUGCUCAGAGUGCAAGAAGCCUCAUAACACUCUGCUUCACUGCAAUUUAAGUGAAACCCCACCAGCUGUCACCUUAUCAAACGCUAUUGCCCAACGAGCAGUGCAUGACCAUCAGCCUGCCCAGCCACAGCAACCAGUCAUCAGCUGUGCCCCGGAGUGCUGCUCAUCCACCACAACAGCCUAGUAGCACACAGCUACACGUCUUCAACACAUACUUCGGGCACAUUGUAGGAGGGAAUCUGCCACCUAAGGUAUCUCAACAAACAUGUAAUAGUGUAGUUUUGAAAUGUGAAUUAGGUCUCAAUGAGACACUUGCCAAGUUUUGGACAAAUGAAAAAGUUCCAGAGAGAUUUGUUGAACAAACAUCUGAGCAAGAACUUUGUGAAAAAAUCUUUCAAAGUUCAGUUAAAUUAGUUAAUAACCAGUUUGAAGUUCCUAUACCUUUAAAAAUACCUUUGUCAGAUGUAAACGAUACUCUUGGUGAGUCUUUUCACUUAGCAUUAAAAAGGUUUUUGAAUUUGGAAAAGAGAUUGCAUAGUAAUCCUGAUUUAUUCAUGCAAUAUCAAAAUUUCAUUCAUGAAUAUCUAUCUCUUGGUCAUGGUCAUUAUGUUGAUAUAGAAUUGUAUGAUUUAUGUAAGCAUGCAGUAUAUUUUUUGCCACACCAUGCGGUUAUUAAUAACAAUAGCAAAACUACAAAGCUUCGCACAGUGUUUGAUGGCUCAAUGAAAACAAACAAAAAAGUUUCUUUGAAUGAUUUACAACUUAAUGGGCCAGUGGUUCAAAAGGAAUUAUUUGAUAUCAUUUUAUUAUUUCGUUUAGGUAGAUACACAUUUACUACAGAUAUAAGGCGUAUGUUUAGAAAUAUUAAAAUAGACCCUCAAUACACUUCCCUUCAAAAUAUUUUGUGGAGGGACAAUCCGGACGAGCCAGUUAAGUGUAUUAGAUUAGACACAGUUACAUAUGGCUUGAAAAGUUCAAGUUACUUAGCAACUCGUUGUAUAGAUGAGCUAGCAAAUAAAUAUGAAAAGUUAUACCCACUAGCUUCAUCCAUUAUCAAAAAUAAUCAGUAUGUUGAUGAUAUUAUAUAUAGUAAUAAUAAUUUAGAAACCACUGUCAGUGCCAGAGACCAACUUCGUGAUUUGCUUAAAUUAGGUAGUUUUAACGCUCAUAAAUGGUCAUCAAAUAAUGAAAAUGUGUUAAGUACUAUACCAUCAAACGAAAGACAUUUUGAUAGUUUAGAAUUGCAAAAAGAUAAUUAUUAUAUGAAAGCCCUAGGACUUCAAAUAAAUGUAAAGGAUGAUCACUUUAUAAUCUCUACUCCAGAACCAUUUGAUACAAAAAAGGUUACAAAAAGGAGCAUACUUAGUUAUAUAGGUAGAUUCUAUGACCCAAUGGGAUUUGUGAGCCCAAUUGUGGUCACAGCAAAGGCCAUAAUGCAAAAAUUAUGGUUACUGAACACAGGUUGGAAUGACAGUCCGCCUGCAAAUGUUCAGCAAGAAUGGUUUAAUUAUACCAAUAAUUUAGCUGCAAUGCAGCCUAUCCUAUUAGAUAGGAAUAUUAGUGUUUCAGAAGGAGACUCGGCAGAUUUAAUCGGCUUUGCUGACGCUUCGAGUAAGACAGCCUACGGAUGCUGUGUGUACCUGCGAGUCACAGACCAAACAGGUACAACGAAAUUGCAUCUACUUUGUUCGAAGUCGCGAAUCAAUCCUAUCCAAAAGAAAGGCAUGACUGUGCCAAGGCUUGAAUUGAAUGCUGCACUCUUGCUAUCAAAAUUGGUUUUGAGGACUCAUGAUACACUCAGAGUCAAAAUUAACAUCAGGCAUGUUUGUUUAUUCAGCGACUCGCAAAUCGUUCUUGCAUGGCUAAACACUGAGCUAACAAAACUUCAAGCUUACGUAUCGAACAGAGUAAGUGUAAUUCGUCAAAACACAUCUGGAUACAGUUGGCAUUAUGUCAAUACGCAUGACAAUCCUGCUGAUCUCAUUAGCCGAGGCGUCAACCCGAAUGAGCUGAGUAGCUGCGAUAUUUGGUGGAAUGGCCCUAAGUUCCUGCAAAACAGUGAGUACAAGUUUGCUGCUUAUAGCUCACCAGCUGAGUCACUCACAGAGGAGCGCUGCUUAGCUCCUUCCAGCAACUUGGUGUGCCAAAAUCCCAAUCCGCUUGACUAUGUGUUCAAGCGCUUGCAUAAUUACUCUAAUAUAAAUAAAAUAGUAAGGCUAUUAGCAUACAUAUUGCGAUUUUUAAACAAUAUUAACAAAAAUAAUUCUAAAAUAAAUACAAACUAUCUGCAAAGUUCUGAGUUAGAUAAUGCAUUAAUGUUACUUAUUAAAUAUGAACAAAGUAUAUAUUUUAAAUCUGAAAUCAAAGCAAUAAGCAAUAAUAAGAGCUUGAAGGGGAAUCUAGUUGAGUUGCAUCCCUUUCUUGACAAUAGGGGUCUAUUGCGCGUUGGUGGCAGGCUGCAUUAUGCUAAUAUAGCUUAUUCACAAAAACAUCCUGUCAUACUACCUAAGGGCUCUUCAAUUACUAGCUUGCUUAUAAGGUGUGAACAUGAAAGGCUACUGCACGCAGGGCCUAAGCUUUUACUCUCGCAUCUCAAUCAAAGGUUUUGGAUUGUUAAUGGCUUAUUAGAAGUUAAGAAAGUAACUCACAAAUGUAUUGUAUGUUUCAGACAAAAGGCCUUAGCAGCCAAGCAACUGAUGGGCUCCUUGCCGGCUGCACGUGUAACAGCCACCAGCAGGCCAUUUGAGAAAGUCGGCGUGGAUUUCGCUGGGCCAAUUGAUGUGAAACUCUCUCGCGUAAGACGAUCUUUAAUAGGUAAAGGGUAUAUCUGUGUAUUCGUAUGUUUCGCGACAAAAGCAGUUCACUUAGAACUUGCAUCAGAUUUGACCACGGAAACCUUUCUUGCGUGCUUAAGGAGAUUUAUCUCCAGACGAGGUUUGCCCACCGAAAUUCACUGCGACAAUGCAAGUACUUUUAAAAGUGCAAGGAGUCAAUUAGUUGAGCUCUACAAGCUGCAAGCUUCGCAGAGCCACCAAAUGCAGGUUCAAAGAUUUACCGCCGAGCGUGGGAUACAAUUUCACUUUAUACCAUGUUACUCACCUACAUUUGGCGGGCUCUGGGAAGCGGCAGUUAAGAGCACGAAGUUUCACUUAAAAAGAAUAUUACAAAAAACCGUUCUAACUUAUGAACAGCUUAAUACUGUAUUAACUGAAAUCGAAGCAGUGCUUAAUUCUAGGCCACUCUUACCUUUAUCUUCAAACUCUGAUGAUUAUUGUUAUUUAACACCUGGUCACUUUAUUAUAGGUAGUGCUUUGUCAAUGUAUCCUGAAAUAAAUGUAUGCAACGUUCCACAAAAUAGACUUAAGUUUUGGCAACUAUGUAAUUCUUUAAAACAAUCCUUUUGGAAAGUGUGGCACCAAUGUUAUUUAAAUUUAUUACAAAACAGGCCUAAGUGGCGUGAUACAGUUUGUAAUGUUAAGUUAGGCAACUUAGUUAUUUUAAAAGAGGACAAUAUUCCUCCUAUGUCAUGGCCAAUGGCACGAAUUGUUAAAUUAUUUCCAGGACAUGAUGGAAAAAUUAGGGCAGUUGAUGUUAGGACACCAAAUGGGAAAACCCAUACCCGUGCCAUCAAUAAAAUUUGUUUACUGCCAAUAGAAUAUGAUGAUAGUACUUAAGAAAUUGUAUUAAUGUUUAAUAAUAAGUCAUAUUUGUAAAACCAUAUAAGUUAUAGUUUUUUACUCUUAUGUAGUGUAAAACAUAAUUGUAAGUUAUUGUAUAAGUAAUAAAUAGAUAAAUACAUAGCAUAAAUAAUAAUGUAACCUUCACUCUAGUUUCUUUUGAUUUAUUUCAAAUAAUUGUUAUUUGUGUUUUCUGUGAGGCCGCAGCAUGUUGGAUUUUAUAAAUUGCAACAUUAACUUAAUUUUUAUUAUAUUUUUGUACUGUGGCAACUUUUCUCUCUCUUGCUCUGCGACAAGGACCGAAUAGACGUAUGUAAUUAUU